CUUCAUCCGUCUUGUAAACAAUCCAGAAAAGAAUGUAAGAUAACGACGUAAGGAAGGUCAUGGAAAAGUUAUUACCUGUCCAACAUAAGAUUUCUUGUAUAUUUGAAAUUUGUGUUCAAAAUGAACCAUCUGAAAAACGUUCACAUCAACCAUACAAAGUUCUAGCUGGUGAUAAACUUAAUCCUAAACUUAAAGAUGGGGAAUUAAAUGGUGCUUUAAUCACAGAGAAACUUGAUGGUACUUGUGUUCUUAUUCAACAAUAUGAAGGGAAGCCCUGGUUAUGGGCUAGAUUAGAUAGAAAACCUAAUAAGAAUGCUGAUAAAAGGUUUAAGAAAUUCCAAAGUCAACACCAGUUCACAGAAAAUACUGUUGAAGAAGACAAACCAAGGUUCAACUGGAAUGUAUCAAAAGAUUUCAAGGAGGUACCAGAUAAUUGGAUACCGGCAGGUGGAGUAGAAAUAAAAGAUGGUGAAGCUUUGCCAGACCAUAUAGGACACACACCAGGAUGGGUACCAGUUGAUGUCAAAUUUAGACAACAUUGUUGGCAUCUUACCUCUGUUGAUUUACAGACUGGAAUAGCCGUUGUCUUAAGGGAAAGUGAGAGUUCUGGUGAAUUAGUCAUAGAUUGUGUACCAUUAAAAACACUAGAGGGAAAAACAGCAGAGUUAAUAGGUACCAUGAUUAAUGGUAACCCUUAUAAACUUGGAACAAAGCAAUUCCCAGUACAUUUAUUAGUAGUACAUGGUUCAUUACGGUUAGAAGGCUUACCUCAAUUAGAUAGAAGAGAGCUAGAAGAAUGGUUCCAAUGCAAUGAGAACGGUAAAAUAGAGGGAAUUGUAUGGCACUGUUUGUCUGGUUCUCUCUACAAGUUGCAUAGAAAUCAUCUGGGAUUAAACUGGCCUGUUGAUAAUUUACUCUUGUCUCAAAAACCUGUGACUAUUUCAAAUAACUUUAAUCAAUAUGAACUCAGUGAUGGAGAUAAGAAAUCACAGUUUCAGUAUUUCGCGAGUAUUUGUGGUAAAAGGUGUGGUAAACUUGAAAACAUUCAUUCAUUAUUACAAGAUAUCAGUUGACAUAUUAAACCAAGGUUGUAAACAAUUAUAUGGUUCUUUAUUUUCAGUCAUAUUUAUUGAUCACACUUUUAUCUUUGGGUCAAGAAAUCAGGAAAUAUUUGUGGUGACAUCUCCAUAUUGUAAAGAAGUGUAUCCAGAAAUAUAACUUUUCUGAAUUAUUUUUUGAAUAUGUUUCAAUUGAUCAACAUGCAUUUCAAGUUGCUUUAACCCCUUAAAUUAAAAUUGACAUAUACUAUAUAAAUCAGAUUCUGACACUUUAAUAUUUAAUAAACUUAAUGAUAAU